AUGCUCCGACCAGACCAAUCCUGUCCAAGAGGGCGGGGUUAACGAUGUCGCCUGGGUUUGUAUUGCGUCGAACUCCGCUGAGCCAGGUGUGCUGCGUAGCUCUUGGACAAUCUACGGGCUGUAAGUGGAUUCCCCGGGGCAAGCUGCGAGUUCGGAACCUUUGGACCAGCGCGUACCUGUAGAGUCCUCACACUCUCGGAAUAAUACCUGAUCCGGGUCUACAUAGGAAAGCAACAUUUUGCAUACUUGUUUGUCUUUGACCUGCGUACGUAUCUGGUGCACCUGCCGUAAUUCCCGGAAGUUUCGACCCUGGGAGUCGGGUUAUAGUGUGUCGCUUGUCUGCGAGAAAGGAGGACCCAGGAGGAAGAGCAGCCUGAACUCCCGGGGAAGCCGGCGCUAAUCAGCGGGUGGAUUGCUGGAAACACACACGGAAAACAGUUUUUAUGGGUUCCGUGGCACGGUCACAGGACCACGGGUCCAAAUUGCUCUAAAACUAAAAAAAAAAAAAAAAAAAAAGCUACUGUGCUUCUCGUUUGUCCCUGGUUCCGAUCCGCUAGAACGCAGAACCCCGCUUUCUUCUCUGGAUCGCUUCCCAUCCUUUCUCCCGUUGCACUGGGCUUGCGCACUCCCUCUCCACUGGUAGACUCACACAGAUGGCUCAGGGCUCCGUGAAAGUGCCCGAUGACUCGGAUUUUUCCAGGUUCCAAGGACAGUGCGAGUCUCAAGAAGGCUGGGUCAAUAAAUACAGUAAAUCGGGCAUGGAGGUUUGGAUCGACUUGCCUCCCCCGACACCGGCUCAUCACUACCGGAGCCAGAACCAAGAGAAAAUUCACAAGAUCAAAUGCAGAAUGGCAAUGAAGGAUGUCUCUGCUGCAAGCAUGUACGAUGUUCUUCAUGACGGGGAGUACCGCAGGAAAUGGGACACCAACGUCAUAGAGAGCUUUGAUAUUGCACGGAUCACCAUCAACGCAGACGUGGGGUACUACUCCUGGAGGUGUCCAAAGCCACUGAAGAACAGAGAUGUGGUGACCCUGAGGUCCUGGCUAGUGAAAGAUGACGAGUACAUGAUCAUCAACUCCUCUGUCAAACAUCCGAAGUACCCCCCUCGAAAGGACCUGGUGCGGGCGAUCUCCAUUCUUACAGGGUUCCUGAUAAAGUCGACGGGGCCCAACAGCUGCACCUUCACCUACCUGUGCCAGGCAGACCCCAGAGGGUCGCUCCCAAAGUGGUUUGUGAACAAGGCGUCUCAGUACCUGGCCCCCCAGGUCCUGAAGAAGAUGCACAGGGCAGGCCAGUGCUAUGCGGAAUGGAAACAGAGCAACUCUCCCAACAAGAAGCCAUGGCUACACCCCGAACAGAGCGUCCCCCUCCCCUUCCUCAGCCUAUCAGCGCUAGACAUCCAGCGCACAGAGUCCCUGGAGAAUGUGGACGAGAGCGCGGUGAGGGAGGAGAGGGAGAGCGAGGGGGAAGAGGAUAACUGAGCUGAGAGGACAGGCUUGCAAGCCACAAGCUUGCAAGCCUCUGAAGGACUACAUUUGGGAUUGUGUUGUCAAGUCGUUGCUAAGGGUUAUAUCACAGAAUGCACGACACUUAGGGGAAUAGUCUUCUCACCUUCAGACUACCUUGCUCCAGCUCCAGAAGAUCUCCUAGCGCGCAGUUAACGUCACUGUUCUGAAGAAUGCCGUUAAGCCAGUUUUACUGUACCUGGCAUUGUCACAAUGUGCCAAGCUCUCUUACACUGUUGGAAAAAUACUCCAUGCCUCUCUGAUUCCAUAAAUAUUAACCGUGCCUUAAGUACUGUGUCAUUAUUAACAAUGUGACUCUCUUAAUUUAAAGGGAUGGUUCUGCAGGAGAUUUUAAAACUAAAAGAUUUAACAAAAUCACAUUGAAACUGUAACUAGUGAGAAAACACACCAUUAUUUUAAUUUCAUAGUAAUACAAAUAAUGUUUUUAUCUUAUUAAUAAUAUUACUAAAACUGAACCCAACUUCUGACCAAAUAUGUACAGGUUUCCUAAUAGAGAGGUUCCACCGUAUUUAAACAACCUUGAUAUCUUUUUCUUUAAAAGUCAACCUGUAUAGAGUAAAUAAAAUACUGAAUAAAG